UUUCGCACAGAUAUGGCAACAAGCAGACCUCAGUUGGCAUCACUGGAUGCAAAACAGGCCUCCGGACAGCACCGACCAUCCAAGGCGAGCAGGUCAUCAUCAACCAAGGUGGAUCUCAAGAAUGGCCUGGAAGAAUGUGAAAUGGCACUGAAAUUAUUUCUGAAUAACAAAUUUAAAGAUGCCUUAGAAUUGCUUCAACCAUGGGCUAAGGACAGCAUGUACCAUGCCUUGGGCUACAGUACCAUUGUGGUAUUGCAGGCCAUCAUGACCUUCGAGCAACAGGACAUCCAAAAUGGCAUUUCUGCCAUGAGGGACGCCUUGCAAACCUGCCAAAAAUAUAGGAAAAAAAGCACGGUUGUAGAAUCUUUCUCAAGUCUUCUUUCUAGAGGAUCAUUGGAACAGAUGACCGAAGAGGAAAUGCAUGCCGAAAUCUGUUAUGCCGAGUGUCUCCUACAGAAAGCAGCACUCACCUUUGUGCAGGAUGAAAAUAUGAUCAACUUCAUCAAAGGUGGACUCAAAAUUAGGACGAGUUACCAUAUAUAUAAAGAAUGUCUUUCUAUCCUGCAUAUACUUCAGAAGAACAAAGUUGAGCAACAGUUCUUCCAUGAGUUUGAAGGGGGUGUCAAACUUGGAAUAGGGGCCUUUAAUUUGAUGCUGUCCCUCUUACCAGCACGGAUUAUCAGACUACUAGAAUUCAUAGGAUUUUCUGGAAAUAGGGAACUGGGCCUCCUGCAGCUACAGGAAGGUGCAUCCGGAAGAAGCAUGAGGUCUCCACUCUGCUGCUUGACUAUUCUGUCUUUCCAUACUUACAUCUCCCUAAUACUUGGGACAGGAGAGGUGAACCUUGUGGAAGCAGAGAACCUCCUGGCACCUUUCCUGAAGCAGUUUCCAAAUGGCUCAUUUAUGCUGUUCUAUCAUGCCCGAAUAGAGCUGUUGAAAGGGAAUGUAGAAGAGGUAAUUUCUUUGGGAGGAAUUACUUGGGAAGUUAUCUGUGUGGUGGAGUUGCAUCACAUUCUCAUUCAACAUAAGUCAAUUUAUUUCCAAAUGUACGCCGAGAACCGCAAGUGGACAGGAGAGGUGAACCUUGUGGAAGCAGAGAACCUCCUGGCACCUUUCCUGAAGCAGUUUCCAAAUGGCUCAUUUAUGCUGUUCUAUCAUGCCCGAAUAGAGCUGUUGAAAGGGAAUGUAGAAGAGGCUAGGGAACAUGGCGUGAACACCAUGGAUGUAAAUAGAGUCUGUGUCCUAAUGACCUUUCGCUGGGGCUGGGCUCUUCACAGACAGGUGGACAGCUUGAAGCAGAGAAUUGCCGGGAAGUCCAUCCCUACAGAGAAGUUUGCCGUGAGGAAGUCUCGCCGUUACUCCGCCUCGUUGCCUGCACCUGUGAAGCUCGUCUUGCCUGCCCUGGAAAUGAUGUACAUCUGGAAUGGUUUUCCAAUAGUGAGCAAAAGAGAAGACCUCUCCGAAAAUCUGUUGUUAACUAUUGAAAAGGCUGAGACAACUUUACAAAAUCAAAAUUGCAGCGACUACCUGGUGGACGACGAGUGCCUGCUGAAGCUGCUGAAGGGGUGCUGCCUGAAGAACUUACAGCGCCCCCUGCAGGCGGAACUGUGCUUCUCUCAUGUCAUCCAAAGUGAAAACCUGCUGAAGUUUGACCACUACCUGGUGCCAUUUACUCUGUUUGAGUUGGCGUUUUUGUACAAAAGCCAAGGGGACAUUGACAAGGCCUUUAAGGUCCUGGAAACUGCAAGAAACAACUACAAAGAUUACUCCAUGGAGUCUAGACUGCACUUCAGAAUUCAGGCAGCUCUUCAACUCUGGAGAAAGCCUUCCUCACACUGAUCAGAGCCUGGAGGAUGGAUGAUCGCCCCUCCGUUAACCCACAUCUGCUAUAGAUUAGCCCUUGUAUUAAAGUGGAAAAGUGAUCUUGUGAAUGAGAGAAAAAAAUAAUUUUAUUGUCAAUAUUUUCUAUCAUGUGUGUGGUUUACUGUUGUUCUACGUGAAUGUUUCCCCUCCUCUUCCCCCCCCCACCCCCAUGGAAUAAUGUUCAGUACAAUCUAGGAAAUUCUUAUAUUUUGCCUCUUCAAAAAGAAUUUCAUAUUAGGUUUCAAUUGGAGAGGGGAAGUCUUUUAAAGGACUCACAGGUACAAUAAAGCCUAAUCAGAUUAUUUAUUUUUUUUAAUAUGGAAAUUAAUAUUGUUUAAGUAGCAAAUGGCUUACAAGUUGAGCCAUUUUUAGUUUUGUUGGUCAGUUAAACUUCAGAGUUAUUUUGUUGCCUAGAAUUUAAAUUUCAGAGGGGAAAUAAAAUCACUUACAUUCGUAAUAGCUUAAUAACCUCCUGAAGAAUCCUGAAAAAGACAGGCAGUGGUGUGAACAGGGAUGGGAUCAUGUAGUUAAAAGGUUGAAAAGACCUGUAUCUAGCAGAGAUGGUGAAAUAUUGUUAGUGUUUUUUUUUAUUCAUCAUGUAAAUUAAAUGUGGUGGCAUUUUUGAGAGACUAUCCUGUUUUUGAAUGUACUUAAGUCUAUUAUAAUAACAAAAAUUUAAAAAAUGUGUAUCUAAAGGGAAGAAAAAGUUAUAUUUUAGACAAUAUCCUUAGCAAUGAUAGCCUGAAAUAUAUAUAUAUAUAUACAUUGAUUAUUUUUCUUAUAUGAAGCAAAGUUCCUGCUGCUUUAAAUGAUAUGUAAAAUAUUAAUAAUUUUUACAUUCAUGAUGUUGGUGAGUAAGAUCUAAUUUUCUAAUCUCUCUAGCACUGUGACGGUUCCUUGUAAAUAUCUGGACUGUGUUUAGUCCUUUCAUUUUGGAAAUGCAAUCGGGACAUUGAGUGGGAGAGAGUCCGACUCCAUGCGGUCCUGGCUCUGCUACUGGUUAGCAGUUACCAGAGUGACCUUGAUGGAGCCCCCGCUCUCUGUAAAAUGGGAAAAGAACAGAGAUGAUUAUCAAGGUCUCCUUCAGUUUUAGAACUGUCAGUAUUUUAGGUAUUUAUUUUCAGCAAACAAUGUUAAAAUGUUUAAUCCGAGUCACUCCCACUUAGAGUAUGUUUUUAUUUUGCAGUCAUCAACCCCCAACCCCCAAAUAUGUAUGUUUUGUGAAUAAGGACCAGUUUGUAUUCUGAGCGAGGAAAACAAUUUGGGAAUCCAUGAGUCAGGGUUUUGUCCUAUUUCUGCCUCUGUUUUGAAGACUAACUUGUCAUGGAAGCCUAUGCAGUUUAACGGAAACCGCCUAAGAUUGGGAGCCAGGAGCUCAUCUCUAUUAGUUGGUAGUUCCUCAGCCUGCAGCAAACCAUUCACCUCUUCUGGGACGCAUUUUCCCUAAUGGGGAUAGCCUCACAGAGCGUGGUGCUUGUGAGGGCUCAGUCAGAUAAUGCAGAGCCAUAUGCGUGGCUUUGUGUGAACUGUGAAAGGCCAUAUGAACAUGAGUUGUAAUGAUCAUGGUUUUUAUGCACCAAUUAUAGUAUCAGUACAGAGGUAUUGGCUGAGUCUGUGUUCUCUGAUGUAAAAGGAGAAAAGCAUGGAAAUUCUAUCACCUUUCAAUGUAUUCAUGUAUUUGACACUGACAGCGGCCCAGAUUGCAAAUUUAUUUCUUGCUACUUAUUCCCUGUGACAGGAGCCUGUCCUCGCAGGUGUUUACCUUGUUUUCUUUAAGGUAUUUGUCCAAUACUGAGAAUGUAUUUCCAACGGAAGAUGUUAAUACAGUUCGAGUCAGAUGGUAUGGUGGAAGAUCUGAAUAUGUGCUAUUAAAUGCAUUAUGUAACUUACUGCAGGUCCAGACAAAAGAGGAAAUAAAAUAAACUGUCAUUACAACUA